AUGGACGGCGAUAGGCGAGCACCCGCGGCGGCCGCCGCAUCGGUCGCAGCGGUUUUCUGCGCCGGCGACCUCCUCCGCGAGAUCCUCCUCCGCCUCACCUUCCCCCACUACCUCGUCCGCGCCGCCCUCGUCUCCAAGCAGUGGCUCCUCCACGCCUCCGACCCGACCUUCCUCCGCCGCUUCCGCGAUCGCCACCCGCCCAGCCUCCUCGGCUUCUGCGCAGGCUACCCGCGCACCGCGUACCAGUUCGUGCAGCUCCCGCAGCCCCCGGAGCUCGCCGCCCUUUCACGCCGCGCGGCCUCUUCCUGCAACGAGGAAUUCGCCACCCGCGGAAGCCAGUGGAUCAAGCACUGCCGGAACGGCCGCCUCCUCAUCGAGCGCCCUCACCACGGUAGAGGCGAGUACUCCCUCCUGGCGCCGCUGCUCGCUGGGGAGCCCAUUGCCGUCCUCCCACCGGCCCCGCUGUUCUGCACGAUUUUCCUACCAGAGGAUGGGUGCUGCGACGGCAUCACCAUGGUGAGUUUCCAUGAUGAAGGGCGAGAAGUCCGCACAAAAGUGAGCGUGCUGGGAUCCAGCCAAUGGAGCGUCCAGGCCACUGCCGCGAUACAGUUAGAACCGCCGUAUCCUGCGGCCUGCUUUCAAAGGGUGUUGCCUCCAGUUCAUGGCAUGAUCUUUGUGGUGACAAACUGUGGGUAUACCCUAGUGCUGGAUUUGGCGACGCCGCGCUUCUUCAUCCUUGAGCUACCAGAUGGAGUGGAGCGCGAUGGAGUGCCGAGCAACUUCCUGCUCUCAUGUGCGGAGAAUUCAGGGAUAUAUCUUGUCAAUGCAGAAGAGUUUCAGAUCAGUGUAUGGCUCCAUAGGAUGACCGGCGACGGCUAUGGUGCAGGCGGCUGGCUGUUGGUGGACACAUUUUGCGUCCGUGAGGCAUGUGCGCGCCUUGGCAGUUGGGUGCCACAACAUGGUGGUUUUGUUCAGGUUGCUGCGGUCGGGGAUAAUGCUGACUUUGUUUUCUUGGAUCAUGCACAAAGUGGUGCUGUCUUCUAUGUGCAUCUGAGAAGCAAGGAAGUUCAGAAGGUCGACCAAAGGGUGCCAGAUAGAUAUUUGGUUCGUGACGUCGGGAUAGAUAUCUUCCCCAUUAUGAUGACCUGGCCGCCUAUCUUUCCAGCAAGGGGCGUAGGUCUUGAUCAGCAAAAAUGA